AUGGUUUCGACAAUCCUAGCGUCUCUCCCCAUGGCCAUUCCGGACAGGGACUCAGACGGCAAGAAUAUAGUGCUUUUGGAAGUGGAAAAUAGGCAAACCAAACUGUACGCGCAAUUAGUCCGGAAUAUCACUUUUUACGAGAGUGCAUUUCGUGUUGCUGAUAAUAAAGGGAACAGUGCGUUGCAUGUUGCUGCAACUUUACGUGAUCAUCAGCCUUACCAAUUUGCUGCACUACAAAUGCAACGGGAAAUCAAGUGCACCUCUAAUUCAUGCUCUGUAGUGGCAACGGUUGUGACAACAGUGGCCUUUGCCACAACAGCCACCCCACUAGGCGGAAUGAAGGAAGGCAGCAGCAGACCAAACCUUGAGCAUCAUCCAGGCUUUAUUGUCUUUGCAAUUUCAUCUCUAAUUGCUCUGUCAUUUUCUCUCACCUCUAUCGUCUCCUUUCUGGCCAUUCUUACCCCUAGACACAGACCAAAGGAUUUUGAAAAACAGUUGCCAGGAAAGUUCUUGUACGCCUUAACAUAUCUUUUUAUAUCGUUAGCGGCCAAGUUGGUUUGUUUCUGUGCAGGCCACUUCUUUCUGAUGAGGGAUGACUUGGAGCAUAAUGCUUUUCUGGUGUACGGGAUAGCAUGUCUGCCGGUAGCAUAUUUUGCUAUGAAGCAGUUUCCCUUCUACAUUGAUCUUGUCCUCGAUACCUUCUUAAAGGCGCCACGAUAUAAGCCUAGCUCAUAG